GAACACUGACGAGAGGGGAGGAGAGGAUGAAUAAAUAAAUAAAUAAAUAAACAAGAGGAGACGAGUCCAUUCAAACCCUCACCAUCUCCCACCGCUGCAGCAUCACUGUAGGCGGGAAGACUGGGGAGAAAAGGACAGCGUAUGCGGGAGAGGAAGGCAGUUCGAGGCGUCAGACAAUUCAGAAAUUCUUCAUUUAAGGUUUGCGCCGAAGAUUAAUCCUCGCGUCAGAGAGGACAUCGACUGCCCUCCAGAACGAGCCGUCAUUUUAUGAUCGGGCUGUCCGGAGUCAGUCCUACAUGUUUUUUGCAUUCUCCUCAACCUCCUCAUCGGGGAAAUUGCAACAAUUACAAUAUUACGCUCUACAGCAAAACAGAAACACUGGUGGAUAUUCAUUGAAGUCUGGAUACUUGUCUAAAUGAUAUCGAACGGCAUUGCUGACGAAAAACGCCGGGCCGUCGCGUGGGGAUCAGUUUCAUACCUUGCUUUAUACUUUGCAAGGGGGUAAUAAAAUAGCCAUUUAUUGCUAAGGGAGAGCGUUAUAUAAGGAACGCAUUGACACAGGGCUGAGAAUAAGCGCCGUAGCAGGACUCACGCGGGGAGAAGAGUGCAACCUUGCGCACGAUUAUCUAUAUUAGCUAUAGAACCUGUAUCGCCCUGAGAUUCCGGUUUUAUGUUCGGGAAAACACACGAUAAUAGUUAAUUCUGGCAGUAGAUAUUUUAAAGUAACGCAACUCAUAUCUGUAAGGUCAUAUCCUUUGGGAUUUGAAAAGGACCGUCUGGGAUCCGGAGGAUUGACAUUUUCACUAUAUUGCCGUUUUUCCUCUUGGUGAGUUUAAUCCUUGAGGGUGACACUACAGAGAGAAGAUGUCGGGGCAGACGCUGACGGAUCGCAUAGCCGCUGCCCAGUACAGCCUGACGGGAUCAGAGGUGGCUCGGGCUGUCUGCAAAGCCACCACGCACGAGGUGAUGGCUCCCAAGAAGAAGCACCUCGACUACCUGAUUCAGGCAACCAAUGAGACCAACGUGAACAUCCCACAGAUGGCCGACACUCUGUUUGAGAGGUCCACCAACGCCAGCUGGAUAGUGGUCUUCAAAGCGCUGGUCACCACGCAUCACAUAAUGGUCCAUGGCAACGAGAGGUUCAUCCAGUACCUGGCCUCCAGGAGCAAUCUCUUCAACCUCAGUAAUUUUCUGGACAAAACCGGUUCCCAUGGCUAUGACAUGUCAACAUUCAUCAGACGCUACAGCAGGUACCUGAAUGAGAAGGGUUUUGCUUACCGGCAGAUGGCCUUUGACUUCACCCGCGUGAAGAAGGGCGCUGACGGCGUGAUGAGAACGAUGCCCGCAGACAAGCUGCUGAAAGGCAUGUCGACCCUACAGGGGCUCAUCGAUGCCUUGCUGGAGUUUGAUGUUCAUCCUAAAGAGCUGACCAAUGGAAUUAUCAACGCUUCUUUUCUCCUGCUCUUCAAAGAUCUGAUUAAGUUGUUCGCCUGCUACAACGAUGGGGUCAUAAAUCUAUUAGAGAAAUUUUUUAAAAUGAAGAAGUCAGAAUGCAAGGAUGGACUGGAAAUCUACAAGAGAUUCCUGACAAGGAUGACCAGAAUCUCAGAGUUCUUCAAGAUUGCAGAGCAAGUAGGAGUGGACAAAAAUGACAUCCCUGAUGUUACUUAUACCCCACCCAGUCUUCUGGAGUCCCUGGAGACACACCUGAACACCCUGGAGGGGAAGAAGGGAGAUGGGUCACCGACUAAGGGGUCCCCCACCAACGGCGGCUCUCCAACCUCCACUCCGGCCAAAACUGCUGAUAGUGCACCAGAGGCCCUGCCUGCCCCGCCAUCUGCAGGGGGAGGCUCCACGAGUGCCCUUUCCAAUGACCUGCUGGAUCUGGACCUGUCCGCACCCCCAGAGCCCGCAGGGGCAGCAGGGGCGGCAGCCGCACCCACGUCCUCCUGGGGAGAUCUGCUUAGUGAGGACUCCUUGGUUGCCCCAGCCGCUCCCGUUAGCUCCUCCGAGGCGCUCCUGUCCGAGCCCGCCCUCGCUGUAGACUCCGCCCCCUCUCCCGGCGCCGCCGCUGUCACGCCCACUCCCGCGUCUGCCGAGGCGGGCUCCGCCCCCGUCGCCAUCACUUUGGCGCCUCCCCCUUCUGCAGCCGCUUCCUCUGGCUCCACAGACCUGGACCUCUUGGGAGACACAUUCGCAGCCUCCCAAGGCGAUGCUCCGGCCGCCGCUGAGGGCGGGGCACCAGCUGCCACGCCCACACCUGCCGCUGACUCAGGUCAAGCAUCUGAUGUCCCCGCUACCUCGCGUGGGCCCUCCCCUUUGCCCGAGGCCAAUCUGACUGCUGACCUCCUGUCCGAUGCAUUUUCUGCACCAGCUGCCCCUCUUGCCACAGCGCCUCCAGCCAAAAUGGAUGCCGGGGGCAUGCUGGACCUGUUUGGGGACUCGUUUGGUAGCUCUGGCAGCGAGUCUCAGCCUGCCGCUCCUGCAGCACCUGGCGGUGACCUUCUGGCUGGGCUGAUGACCCCUACACCUGCUGCAGCUCCUGCCGCUUCCCCAGCUGCAGCGCCCUCUGGUGGUCUGGAUGCCUCAGUAUUUGAUGGAUUAGGUGAUCUGCUUAUGCCUGCUGUGACACCCCAGGGGCCUGGCGUGCCCCCAGUGGGUGGGGUAGGGAUGGCUGGAGCUGCACCUGGAAAAGCCAUCGGGGGUGACCUGGACUCCUCCCUGGCAAACCUGGUUGGCAAUCUAGGAAUGGGGAAUCAGAAGACGGACAUGCAGUGGAAUGAGAAGAAGAUGACAGGAGGGGCCAACUGGCAGCCACAGGUAGCUCCCACCAGCUGGGCCGCUCCAGGCUCUCAGAUGCCCGGCCCCUCCCCCGGGGGCCCAGCAGGAGCCAUGGCCCCGCCCAUAGGGGCACAGCCUGGAUUUGGCAUGCAGCCCCCGGCCGGUGGAACUGGAGCUCCCAUGAUGUACUCCCAGCCCAUGAGGCCGCAGUUCCCUGGGACGGGAGCACCAGGAGCACCGAUGUCCCCAGCUGCUCAGAGCCCCAGAAAGCCUCCACCCUCCAAGGAUCCCCUGGCUGACCUCAAUAUCAAGGAUUUCUUAUAAAUUCCCAAGGUGCUGUGUCCAUGACUGGGCGCUGACAGAGUUUGCCCCAUCCCAAGCGAAACACAGCUCCCAUUUCCCACCAUUGCCCCCCCUUCUGACCAAUGUUGUAGCACAAGCUGUAAAAGUGAACCAUAGGAAGAAAUGUGCUUGUCUCAGUGUUAUCUUUUACCUAAAGAAAAAGGAAAAAAAAAACAUGUAGUGUAUCUUGACUAUUGUUUUCAGUGUUUGCAGGGAUAUGAGGUGGAUGUCUUGAUGGAUGUGUGGUAAUGCCUUCCCAUAUGUCACUGCUCAGCCCUCAAAGUGGUGGCGGGGCAACGUGCUUUCAGUUGAGCAGUUCUGCAGAAAUGUCUGUAUGUGGCUGAUUUCAGGAGGUCUUUGGUGUAUAUAAUUUUCAUUGUUACAUCCCAGAAUUCCCUCUGUUCUGUAUAUCUGUUCAAGAGAGUAUUGAUGUGAAUCUGAUAUCAAACUGUAGACACCAUGUGACCAUUAUCUCCCAUCAUCAAUCCAACUUUUUUUGGAACAAAUAUAAAUAUAUAAAUAUUAUAAAUAUAUAUAACAUAUCCAGGCUUCUGUACCCUCAAACAGCCUCCAGUGUUUCUGUUUGUAUGUUUUUCUUUUGUUUCUCAUAUUGUGUGCUAUGUGCAAAGAGUUAGACUUUAAUGUAUUGCUUUGUUGGGUAUGUUACACUUCAGUAGUAUAUGCUGUACUUUCCGAUAUAUGUAUUAGCAUGCUACAUUUUAAUCUUUAUAGGAAGAGAAAAUGUAUCAUGCAUUAGUAAUUUCUGUAGAUAUGAAUAUUAAAAGAAAUCAUAAUCACAGUGGAUUUGUGUUGGUUUAUCAAGAGGACUCGAUGUUUUGGUGUUCUAACUAAUAAAUGGUCUAUUUAAGAUGAUUUACAGGUGACAGCAAAGAACACACAAGUUCACACUGCGAGGAUGGGGGGGGGUUCAUCCGGGAUCUGUCCCCUUCAGUCUGGGUCCCAUCAUAUUCAAACCCAGCUCAGAAGAGUUACUUCUGCAUUACCUCAGAAGACCAAAAAAAAAAAAAAAAAACAUGCACACGUUUGGUUCUUAAUCUCGAGGAAACCUGUCCCUGACCUCUGUCAAUGUGUGAUUGUUGUUCUUCUGCUUCUCCUGCUGGUGAACAGUGGUAUUGUAAGUGGCAGCACGGGUGAGGGUCUCUCUGUGUCCAGAAGAGGUCACUGUUGAUCAGUGUUACUUUGUGACUCCUUAGGAGGCCUGUAGAGGCAGUGGCAAGCUGCAUGACUGUAGACUGUGCACUCCCGGAUGUACUGGAUACUCUGUGAUUUGUAUUAUUCCAAGUGACUGUGUCCACAACCGUUGUAAAAAAAAAAAAAAAGAUUAAUUUUGGUUAUGGUUUCUGUUUGCUUUGAUUUACAUCCAUCCCCCAGUGCAUGUAUUCCUCCUGAGAUGCAAUAAA